AUAAGUUCAUGACAUAGCACAUACAGUGUAAUGAAGAAAGAAUUCUGAUGGUGAUGUCACAGGUUCUGGACAUUCUGCGUAUCCAGGAGACCAAGGCUGGGGAAGCUGAAGACCUUCCAGGGAAGGGCCUCCUCCGGUGAUUAGAGGGACCAUGGCAGCGAAUAUGGGAGUAGAGACCUUUGUAUCUGUCUUCCUGCUGUGCUGCUGGCAAGGAGCUGAACUACAGCCAAUCAAUGCAACUUCAGGUCCAGUUACUGAAGACUCACUCAAUUCAACAACUGAAGAAAUACCUGAAGUGUUUGAUGAAAUCAUAGCCCAAGAGCUUUUGGAGCCAAACACAACGGCAGUGUCUGAAACCCCACCAUCAACAAAAGUAUCAACAGUAAAAACAACAGAAAAAAACAAGGAAAAAAAUGCUGGUAUUGAUGAAAACUACCAAGAAGAUGGCUCUGAGAAUUACCACGAAUUACUGGAGAAUUUAGAACUCUCACCUAUGAACAAGGAGAAAGCCGACACUAAUGACAAAAGUACUGCUGAGAACAUCCAUGACAACAGUUCUCAGACCAAGCUUAAGCCACACUUCUCUUUUGAAGAAAAGAAGAGUGCAAGCAAUGAUAAGUAUGAGAGAGUGUCUGUUCUGGACAGAAUCCUUCAAAACUUAGGAAGAUCUGAAGGCAGCCUGGAACUAACAGGCAAGUGGCCCUAA